GUAAACUUUCUUGACGGUCGGGUAGCUUAACACGUGGCAGUUGUAUGGCCAUCAUAUGCCUAACUUACUCCCAUUUUUAUCAUGCAGUUGAUUCGACCUACAUUUCAUGUUCUCCAUUAAGAUGACAUUUCUACCACGGCUUCCGAGGUGCUUUUUACCCGGUCGACGGGUGUUUUCUUCCCGGUUGGUGACGGGUGUUUUUGAAAGAUGCCCGUGUCUUUACGCUACAAGCACGAGGAAAAAACAUUCAAGACGAUUUCUUAGCUACCAGGAAGGAUUUCUGACUCGCGGAUUUCGAUCAAAGGUGACUGGACAUGAAAAGGUUACAGGGCCAUUAUUAUGUGAAGAGGGGGAGAGGGCUAGGGAAAAAUGUUUGGCAAGGAUUAAAAAAAAAUUGCAAGGACCCCCUCCCAGGCCAGGAAAUAGCAAGUGCCCCCUCUUUUAAUAAGUUAUUUAAUUUUGACCCUCCCCUCCCCCCCAUAAUUUUUAGGUGUUGGUGAUGCAGUUUUGUUUUUAUAAUGGGGUGUAUCAAGUUGACCCACCAAUACACUGGGAAAAGCCAUUUUCUUAGCGGUGACCCCUCCCCCUGUUGGGACUUCCUUAUUUGGCCUAAACAAUAUUAUUAUAUGCUGCUAAACAGGGUAUGGUUUUUAGGGUCUUGAGUCGUAAACAGGGUAUACAAUCUCACUUUUUACGAUCUUGAACAGGUUGUUAUUGGACCUUUUUAAGCUGUCCGAACUACUAAAAUGAAUUACUAACAUACACAACUGAUGAAAAUCAGUUACAAGCCCUUUGAUAUCCCUUUAUGGGAUUUUCUCAUCAGUUUAUGUCUGCCAACUCUCUUGUUGCCUGCAGAUUGAAAACUUUAAUCUCAUGCCAGCUUGAGUCUUUUGUUUUUGAUAACAACAGGGCAACAAUGUUAUUUUAAUGGGGAGUCCUGGAGCUGGCAAAACAGCUGUAGGUAGAAUCCUGGGACAUCGCUUGGGAAGAAAAGUAGUUGAUAUUGAUGAUGAUGUCUUGGAAACUGUGUGGGGAAUGUCAGUCGCAGAUAAGGUAAGGUAUGAUCAAAGAAAGAAAGAAACUAAGAUAUAAAAAGCUGCUUUGAACAUUCCAUUAGUCCAGUCUGUUCCAUUAUUUCUGUAAGUCUACAAAUUCUUAUCCGUUCCAACCUUCUUCAAGUCCCAGGCUGUAAUCAGAGACCAGGGGUGGAGAUAAAUGUAAUCCUGCAGUGUAUAACUGCUAAACAUGCUGUGGCAUGUAGCUGCUAUACUGCUAUGAACAGAAAAUGCCUAAUCUUUGUCUACUUUUUCCAAAGAUGUCCUAGUCAAAAGUAAGUGACAGCCUUGAAGUCCAUAAAUUUCAGUCAAAUGCAGUCAUUCAAGGGCCAAUGAGAAAGGCUAGUGUAGCAGUUUAUUAGCCAUCAUUUAGUGUCAUAAAGGAAACUGCCUUUCAUUAUCAUGUUUUCCACAAGUCAUGUCAGAACCCUUAUCUUAGCUGUAGUAUUAAACAUACUUUAUUUCCCAACCUUUUCUGUGUUAUUGAACAUUAUUAUUAUGAGAAGAAAUUAUUAAAUGCUCUUUGAGCUACUUUUGGGUUACUGUUAGCUGUUUUAAGAGCUUAAAGGGUGGAGCAACUAGGCAAGAAUUCCUUUAAUGCUGACUUGUAUUCUCUUAUACAUGUAGCUCUCACAGGUUGGAUCAGAUGGCUUUGUUGAUGCCGAGGGCCAGGCUCUCUUGCAGUAUUCUACUAAUGACGCCGUGAUUUCCCUGAGUGGUUCUAAUCCAAUGCACAAGAAAGCUAUGGAACACGUCAAAUCCCUUGGGACGGUUGUGUAUUUGGAUGUAGAGGAUGGUGAUAUUUUGAAUCGACUAGCUGAGAUGAAAGUGAAUCGGAUUGUUGGACAGAAUGAAGGUGAAGUGAUUUACAAAUAUGUUUGCCACUUAAAUUUCUAAGAGAUACAGUACAGUUUAAUAUUCAAAAUAUAGCUGGCAGAAAAUAAUAUUGGGAAAACUGCAGGAGAAAAAGACAUGUCUUUCAAGCGUGCCCUUCAUUGACAUCUUUGAAUGGUUUUCCUGGAAAUCUUGUACCCAGAUCUCACUGGUGUCAGUGUGACCGUAAGGAAUCUGGGUACAAGUUUAGGUUCCUGUUAAAGAAAAAAUAAGCGAUAAUUUUCAGGGAUAGAAGUCUUCUAGUUUCACAAUAGGUGCAUGAAUUUUUUAAACCACAUAUUACAAUCUGCUAUGGCAACAAUUUAAGUGUAAAAUUUGUAGUUCAGUGGGUAGGUAUUCUCUGUUUCUAGUCUAAAUUGUGCUGCUGAAUACAAUAUGGUAUAGAGUGCGUGAUGGUCGCCUCUUUGUAGGUCUGUAGAUUUUUCAAUAAAGGUAAAGUAUGAAAAUAAAGAGUUUCAAAAUUCCAAUGGCACACCUUCACCUAGACUGCAAAACAUUCCGUAUUUUUGCGUAUUGAAGUACACGCGAGCAGUCAAACAAAAGGUCUGGAACGAGGCUGAAAACAGAGAGCAAGACUGGGGAGAGACGCUACGGGCGUGUAAGGCUCGCGCGCGCCACGCUUUACGGAUUUCUUUACUGAUUUUGAGAAAAAAAACCUUCACCAUAAAUCGGUCAAAGUACACCUCUCUCCCACCCCCUUCGUUGUUCCCUCGCACUAGCUGAUCACGUGAUUUUUAUUUCAGGGAUAAGUAUGAGUGAGAUUCUUCAAUAUCGGAAGCAAUUUUACGAGUCCAGCUACGAUGUUCGCAUCACUUGCGCUCGAGGUGAUUCUGCUGAAGAAAUUGCAGACAAAGUGUUCCAACAUCUAAUGGACUCCGCGGCUGAUGCGGGAUACGUCAGCACAAGAACGGAAUACCCGGAUGGGGAAGAAAGUCCGGGGUUUUUAGAUGUCGUAUUGGAAGGUCUAGCCCCUGAUGGAGGGUUAUAUGUACCGAAGGAAAAGAUACCGCAUCUCUCUCUAGGUUAGUUUUCUAGGUGUCUUACUUUGUUUAGCGGGCUUUUGCGCAUUUUCCAUUACUCCCAAGCGCCUGCUACAUUUUCAGGGGUAUCCAACGAGAAUAUAGUUCAAAACCACUUAAACAUAGCAUUGUUAAACGUAUUUUAGUAUUUAAACGGUGGAUAUAGGCAUAUUUUUCUCCCCUAGAAAGUUUUCAUCUGUUCGGAUUUCCUAGCUGAAAGUCUAGUCAUCCGAAAAUUAUAGGGAUCAAAACUUUUUCGACAAUUUUUAGCCAGAAAAAAGGCUCCCGAAAAUUCUAGGUGACCUUUUUAGGGUAAAAAUCCGUUAAAAACGGGCAAUUAUACCAUUUGUUAGAUUUUCUAAAAUCCUAGGAGAGGCAGGCAAGCAAGAAAUUCUACAACAAAUGUUCCGAAAAUUCUAGAUCUCAAAUCGUCUUCCGAACAGAUAUUUUCCGAAAAUUGACGUUCGGUGCCCCUGAUUGUUGCUUGACGACACAAAAAUGGCAGCGUAGGAGACUAGCAUGAUCUAGCCUUCGACGCGGACGUUCUCAGGGCUUCAUCACUUUUGAAGAGGAAAGAACGCGUAACAAACGUCUGCGUGGGAGACUACGGUGAUCUCAACAGUUUUUGGAAGACCCUUCGUAGAUGGUCCAGCUGAAUUUCUUUACAACCCACCUUGGCUACUCUGCAGACCGGCUGCCUUCUCUAUAAGCCAACUUAGACAGCCGUGUGAAAGUUAGCCGUUCCUUACUCCAGUUUAGAAACGAGAAGGGAACUGGAGCCGAAAUGUUUCCCACAAUUGUGUCUGGGAUCGUAACUGGGGACGCGCCAGUCAGCUAAUUACUUGGGAACUUAAGCAAAGACAUUUUUGAGGGAUGCACGUUAACUGCAACGCGGCUUUUCGCAUCCUUGGGCAGUGGUUUUACCCAAUUUUUCUGCAAUCUUCUUUACAAGAGAAAGGACUCUUAGCAGUACAAUUUUAGUAGCGUUUAGGCAUGUUAAAUGAGAAAAGGCUUCACUUCCGCUUGACGUACUUCCGGUUGACGUACGUCGCUCAAAAACGUCCUUGCUUAAGCUGCCUAAUAUUGACCAUUUUCCCCUUAUCCCUAGUAACAGUCCCAGAAGUCUUUCCGAUAGUUAACUCGAUCCAGUUUCUUUCUCGUUUUGACAGUGGCGCCUUUGUUCCUACUUUAGGUCAGUGGGAACGACUUGUAAACUGCAGCUACAAAGAAAGAGCGUUACGCAUUCUAGAAACAUGGUUAUCACCUACCGACCUCCAUCCCUCUAUCCUUCAGUCCAUGGUAACUAAGGCAUACUCUCACAACUUUCAACACGAGGCGAUAGCUCCUCUUGUCAAACUUAAUGACCAGUAUUAUGUGCAUGAGCUGUUUCACGGACCAACAGCGUCCUUCAAAGAUCUUGCCUUGCAGUUAACGCCGCAUUUUUUUAGCGAAGGUAUCUCUAGGAGGUCGACAUCUGAUGGACCUGUAAAAUUUCUGAUUCUUGUCGCUACGUCUGGUGAUACCGGAAGCGCCGUGCUGGAAGGUUUCAAGGGUAUGUAUGAUUAGUGUAAAGAAUAUAUGGUGGAAGCUCUCGUAAGCGGACACGCUCAGGACGCGUAAAAGGUACCCUUAAGUGGAGCUGGCCGCUUAGGGGAAUGUAAAAAUAUAGAAUUUGUAUCGGAGUUGAGAAAAACGGGGUCUUGUGAAGGCAGCCGUAAGUACAAGAGCUGUCCGCUUACGAGAGUGUUCGUUAGGAAAGCUUCCGCUGUAUGCGGAACAUUUCCCAAGCCAAAAGUAAGUUGCUGUUGACACAAGAGGUCAAAUUGACUCGCGCAUGAAAUCUGCUGCGCUCCAGUUGAAUUGGUUUCACACAGGAAACGUCUUGGGUAUGACACAUGCCCUUGGGUACCUAAAAUUUACAGGCACCAGUUCUUAGUGAUACCUUUGGCCUGCGUAGCUUGUGGGGUCGUUAUGUCCGGGGUGCUUUCUUGGCGUGUAGGUGCGAGGGAUUUUCGCUAACGGCGAAUUGCAAUUUGAUUUGUUCCCAAUCUUCUCGCGCUCCACCAUCAAAAGACUACAGUACUCGCUUGCUAUUCCCACCAGUGUCGCGGGCUAGUGAUACCUGGAAGUGCAUCAUUCGUUUCUUGGUGCCUCUUUAAUCUGAUAGAUAUUUCCAUUUAUUUGCAAAGGCAACGCUAAAACCUCAGUCAUGGUCCUCUACCCAAAGGAAGGAGUCAGUGAAAUCCAGAAAGCGCAAAUGGUAUCCGCAGAUGACCCGAAUACGCGUGUUAUUGGAGUAAACGGUGACUUUGACUUCUGUCAAACUGCAAUAAAGACAAUCUUCAACGAUUUAUCCUUUAAUAAAAAACUUAUGGACACUUUUAGUGUGCAGUUAAGUGCCGCGAACUCCUUAAACUGGGGUAGGCUACUACCACAAGUUGUGUAUCACGCCUCUGCUUACUUGGAUCUUGUGAAAUCCGGAGCGAUUUCGAUGGGCGAAAUGGCAGAUUUAUGUGUACCAACAGGAAAUUUCGGCAAUAUUCUGGCAGCGUACUAUGUCAAGGUAAGAUAUUAUACUGAAUCCGGGGUGUUUUCUAUGGGUUUCUUGUCAAAACUGUUUGGGAAUUUUAUGGAAUAGCAAAUUCAUGAUUACCAAAAUGAAAUUUACGCAGUAUUCCGGAGGCGUGGAGUUAAGGUCAGUAUGUUAAAAACCUUAUAAACUCUGAGCUGUUUUUCCCACAGGAAAUGGGAAUACCUUUCAACAACCUGGUUUGUGCGUCAAACGAGAACAACGUUCUAACAGAAUUUUUCCACACGGGAUCAUACAACAUGGCAACGCGUCACCUGCAACAAACCAUCUCACCAUCCAUAGAUAUCCUUAAAUCAUCCAAUCUAGAGAGACUCAUUUAUCACGCUUCUGGGAGUGGAACAGUUGUGGCCAAUUUGAUGAGGUUGCUGGAAGAAAACAAGGUCUUUAAGGUUAGUGCAGGUCUUGCCUGAGAACCUUUGGUUUCCCCGCGAAAUGACGUCAGAGGAGCAAGCGAAGAAAUUCCAUACUGAUGACAUGUCACUACCCACAUCUGGGUAGUUCUUCCGAUUGGUCGUGCCGCGAGAGAAAUUUGCUUCAACCAAUCAGAAGCACAGCUCAGAUCUGUGUGGUGACGCGUCAUCAGUAUGGAACUUCUGCCCUGAAUCCUCUGACGUCAUUUCGCAGGGAAACCAGUUGAUGGCGUCGCCAAAUGUCGACCGUUUUCUCAGGCCAGCACAAGGCUUCAUCUCCCCAUGCGAUAGCCCUGUUAGUGCAGGUUGUGUCUAGGUUUCCUCUCUCAGCGAACUGCAGUUACAUUUCGCGAAAGAACUGUGCCAUUUCGUGCUAUACUUUCGCGCUGUUUUACUGAUCUCUGUAAGCUGCGAACGGUUCGCUAAUACCUAUUUUAAGCAACCGUGACGGCGACAAUAGCAAGGAAUUCCUAUAACUACGAGGAAAAGAUCAUUAAACGUUUCUAGGAAAAUGCCCACCUACCCCUCCCUAAGUCAACAUUUUGCCGUAAGUGAGAAGUAAGUGUUAAUGGCUUAGGGGAGGGGUGAGUGGGCAGUUAAUGCACCUCUCCCCAACUUCCCAACCCGACAUGCGCGAUCUUCAUUUCAGUACAUUUCUUUGCCUUUUUUUGCAACGGCAACUUGUACUGUUUGACGUUAAGUGUAGAGCCCACGUACCUUUUUUUUAACUGAGGCCGUUUUUGUCACCUUACGAGCAGAGCCUGUAUUCGUCUUCCCGCGAGGACUGACGCCAAAAUCAAGCAGCCGAAAAGAGAAAGGCUCUGCCGACAGGGCGAAGUUUUGUUUGCGUCGCCGUCAUAAUUGCGUAAAACUUGGCUCUUUACGCUUUUCUUGGUUGGAAAUUGUUUAAAAAGCAAAGAAGUAGCGCAUUUGUUUCAAACUUUAACCUUGUUGCCGGACGUGAGACACGCUGUAACGGUGUUAAAAGCUUAACACGUCUCGAAGUGUCAAUGCCAUUUUCUUAGAUUUCAGAUGACCUUAGAAACGAACUAUCCACCAUUUUCAAAGCCGCCUUUACCUCAGAAGAAAGGUGUCUGGAUACAAUUAGAUCCACCUUUAAACACACAGGGUACGUAAUGGAUACCCACACAGCUGUCGCAAUGGACAUCGCCAGCCGCUUUGCACAUCCUAAUCGACCAAUGAUCAUAUCCGCUACUGCGCACUACAGCAAGUUUGCCUACGAUGUUCUAACUGGCCUUCGUCAUUACCCAUCAUCUCACCACCCCGCGGAGUUGUUCACAAGUUUGCGCAAGCUUGACGCUCGACCACCGUUGCAUGCAAGUCUUGAAUUUGUUGUUAGUCGGCCCAAAUUACAGAAUGCAGUCUGCGAAGCUGACAUCAGUACACUGAUGGAAGAAAUAGAAAUCUUUUUGAAGCGAUAAUAUUUUUAGAUAUGAACCAGUUUAACCCUACACUGAUCUGGGGGUAUCCGGUCGUUUCGAUCCGGCUGCAAAGUCGUCAC